AUGAAUAUGUUGGAUGAUGAAGAUGACCAAAGCUUUCACGCUACGCGUGACGGCUACUCCCAUUUGAGCGAUGUCGAAUGGGAUGCGGUUGAACGAAUGGGUUCGACCAUGGGCAUCCAUGCUGUUAGCGUCAUGCUAGAGGCUCUCAAUAGAGAUGCCCAACAUGCUACUAUCGCCAAGUUCAUUCAAAAUGAACUUGACGCAGAACGCGAGAAAGUAGCCUUGCUUCACCAACAAGGUUCUCAACAAGCAGAGUUGUUGAGAGAACAAGGUGCUCAACAGUUUGAACUGUUGAGACAGCAGCAAGCUGCUGCUGGCGGGUCGAUGCACUCGCGUCGACCCGAGACUUUGAAGAUUGACAUCUCAAAGUAUAGAGGGGUCGAAGAAGACUCCCUCUUGAGAUGGUUCGUCGAAGUGGAUGACGCCAUAAGGGCGCGUCGCAUCGACGACGGGGAUAUGCAAGUUGCAUUUGCCCAGUCAAAUCUGGCAGGACGUGCCAAGACUUGGGCACUGGGGCUCAAGCUGCACGACCCAUAUGCGUUUGGGUCGUUGGAAGUCUUCAAGUCGCGGCUCAGACAAACGUUUGAACCGCCUAGAGCUGAGUUCAGGGCUCGAACCGAACUCUUGAAGCUCAAGCAGGGUAAGCGUGAUGUGCACGCUUACGCUCAACACAUACGACAUCUUACGAGUUGUAUAAGUUCCAAUCCAGUGGAUGAACACACGUUGGUUUCGGUGUUCAUGCAGGGUCUUGCGGAUGGUCCCGUCAAGACUCACCUGUUCCGGCUUGAACUAGAUUCACUAGAACAAGCCAUUUCCAUUGCGGAGCAGGAAGACUUCAGUCUGAGACAGGCUCGCGCCAGCUCGACAUCAUAUCGUCAACCGAGACGAUAUGACAACGGAGGUCCAGAGCCGAUGGAACUCUGUUAUGUAGAGAGCGAGAAGGUUCGCUCUACAGGCUACAAGAAGUUGCAGAGAUGCAACAGAUGUCAGAAGACAGGACACUACGCUUACGAGUGUAGUGCCCCUCGUCCAGUGUCUCGCGACACUGGGCGUAGUGACCGAUCCACCCAUGAGAAAGGGGCAGGGACGAGGGUCCGCAGUUGGUGCAAAGACGCAACAACGGGAUGGACCGUCAAAAAACGGACAGGAUCAGUAGGUGCGGAGCACCCUACUGAUCCAGCAACGUCAAGAGAAUUUGUAGGCCUCUUGAUGAAGGUUGCUCCCAACACACAGACGUUGUGCGUUGCUGCUCUAGGUAAUGAGAUCUCACCCAUUACCUUGAAACUCGAAGUGACGAAUAAGUUGUCCCUUCGAGCUCUAGUCGAUCGUGGGGCGUCCAACAAUUUUGUGCGACGCCAAUCGCUAGAAGAUGGUCACUUUAAAUUCAGUGAAUGUGACACACCUCCUACGAGGAUGACGGUACGUCUUGCGACAGGCGCAUCCGUAACCGUCAUGAAGCGUAUAGUGAAGAUUCACUAUACGCUAGAAGAUACCCAAUACGACGAUGACUUUAUCGUAUUGGAUUUGGAUGACAAAUUUGAUGUCAUCCUUGGAAUACCGUGGCUCAGAAGGUACGAACCACGGGUAAACUGGCAACAUCGGACAGUAACGAUGCCUGCCGCUUGUUCAUCAGAUGGCCAUCUGAUGAACGUUUUGGAGCGUCCACAAGCGUGUGGAUGUACUACGAGUGAGUGCGAUGGCCUCACUUGUGGUACGGUCGUUAGUACGACUGCACAAAACCUUAGUGUACCAAACGGUUACACUUCGGAGCCAAGUUCCGGCGGCUGUGAGGAAACACAGGCUGCGCCGAAGGUCCACCACUCGAAUAAGUCGGGUGGACUGGGACAAAGAUGUAUCCCUAGAGGGGAACAUCUAGAAGAGAAACAAUCGAUCGCUCAGGUUAAGCGAAACGAUAAUCCUAGAUCGACUGGAGAGUCUUUCGUAGAGGAUCUCGCUGUGGUUGCGCAACCCCAGCUAGAGGAAGUAAAGGGAAUAAGUCCCAAGAUUACAAAUACGGCGGAAAUAAGUUCCCCGAAACCCGCGGGAAUAAGUCCCCGGGAAGACGAAGGAAUAAGUCCUUCGAAGCCUGAGGGAAUAAGUCCCCAGGAAAUGACAGAGACAUUGAAUGUCAUAGUCAAUAACGGAUCAUGUGUAGGCGCUUAUACACUUGAUCUGAUUGCGCCUCCGAAGUUAACUUCGGAGAUCACUCAGUUGCCAACGCUCGAACAUAAAAGAUUCUUGCGUGAUCUGCGUAGUGGCAAAGUCAAGCAGAUCUGCAUACUCGUCGCUGACGACGAGUAUGUAACCGACAUAAGGUCAGCAACAGUGUUUACUGAGAACGAGAGAGUUCUCAGUAGUUCAUCUAUGGACGAGAGUGUCCUAGAUGAAAAGACACGAAUUGAGCGAUAUGAGUCCCAAUCAUGGGAAUCGCUCAAGGAAAAAUCCUCUCUAUGA